CGAACGUGCGUCGUACGUUUUGCACUAAAUUGAAAGAAUUCUGAGAGCAAUUGAGACUGUGCGUCAUAGAUUUAAAUAGAUUUCAUUCGCGGGUGGUUUUGUUUGUGAAUUCGAACGUGCAGUGUUUUGUGCUUACAAAAUGUGUACAUUAAAUUCGCAAUAAACAAAGAAGCUUGCUAGAGAAUGUUAUCGGCGGGGGUAGGAUACGGAACCCCAAGUUCGGGUGCAACACCUCCUUACAGUCCUCCGCCAAGAAACAGCCCUUUGCCCAGUUUUGGAUUUACACAAGAACAGGUCGCCUGCGUUUGUGAGGUGUUGCAACAAGCCGGUAACGUGGAACGUUUGGGUAGAUUUUUAUGGUCGUUACCGGCUUGCGACAAACUUCACAAUAACGAAUCAGUUUUAAAAGCGAAAGCAAUAGUCGCUUUUCACAGAGGAAAUUUUAAGGAACUUUAUAGAAUUUUAGAAAGUCACAAUUUUAGUCCCCACAAUCAUUCGAAGUUACAAGCGCUGUGGUUGAAAGCUCAUUACAUCGAGGCGGAAAGGCUUAGAGGACGGCCUCUCGGUGCCGUCGGCAAAUACAGGGUACGCAGAAAAUUUCCUUUGCCACGAACGAUUUGGGACGGAGAAGAAACUAGUUAUUGUUUUAAGGAGAAGUCAAGAAGCGUCCUAAGGGAUUGGUAUUCUCACAAUCCUUAUCCGAGUCCACGGGAAAAACGAGAGUUGGCCGAGGCUACCGGAUUGACCACAACGCAAGUUUCGAAUUGGUUUAAAAAUCGUAGACAACGCGAUAGGGCCGCCGAGCACAAGGAAACGGGUCCUGGCGGCAAUUCUGAUAAGCAACACGUCGAAUCAACAGGUUCUGAAAGUGAAGGCGAAGGACAAAAGCCACUAGCGUACUCGAAUUCAACGGUACCGGGUGUCUCAUCACAAUUGGGUUACGUUUUACCCAACAUGGGCCAACCUUUAUAUCCGGGACCUGGAAGCGUAUUACACGAUUACCAAACAUUGUGACAUUGGCUAGCAACCCCCUCCGAUGUGUAAUUUCGGGGGUUAUUGUUGUGUACUUAAUAUUCUGUAUAUAUAUUAUUUAUUUUUGUUCGUUAAAAUUGUGUAAACUAUUUUUAUAAUUUGUGUGAUUUUUUAUGGAAGACUUCUCGCCCUUGAUGGGAUUUUUGUAUAGCGGCACAAAAUACAGGCACACAACCACAUUUAUUACUCUGAUUAUGGGAAGGAGCUUAAUUAGAAAAUGUAUCUAUUGUCGAAAGUUGCGCAUUUAUUAAGCCUUUGCAAUAUGUUAGUUAUUGGUUUUAUUAAUGCACACAUUUUCCAAAAUUAUAUAUCUGCCAAUAAAAUGUUUCCUAGAUGUGUUUCA